AUGCCGAAGUGUCCACCCGACGCCAAGACUCCGCCGCUCCGUUCUAGCGGACCGAGGAGCGGAGCGGGACCCAAGCACCAGCUCUGGGCUGGCGGGUUGGCUGCAAGGCUGGCCAACGUGUCGGGCCGCGCUGGCCGGAAGCCCGUCGCACACCAAAAAGAGGGAUCCGCGACGACGGUACACAGCCGUUGGCAUGCAAGAAAUGCGACGGUGUCCGGCUGUUGGUGCGAGGGACCAGCGGCGAUCGUGGCGCCGGUCCUGGUUGCUGCCCUGAAGCAUCUCUUCUACUGUAGACACCUAGACAUACUUGUAGCGUUCUUCCAGCAAGCGGCGCAUGAAACGGUCUGGAUGGAACAGCAACAGCAUACCAUGAGCAGAGCAAUACCUAGGUACUCGGAACAUAACUGUGAACAUUUGAAGGUUCUAACAGGUAGCACGGGAUAUCACGAGACUUGCGACUUCCAUCAUUGGAGUCUUGCUGCACACAACCCCGACAUGACCCUCUCUCUGCUCUCUCGACGACUCCACGACAGAUCCAUCACCGACUCUCGCAUCCUUUACUGCGGUAGUCCACGCCUCUCCCAGGUUGACACGCCGCUCGCUCACAUUAGCCUCCCGCCAUCACCCGCCAUCAAUCGAGGCCCCUGCCCCGCCUAUCUCAUCGUCCCAGCGUCACGGGCUAUGCUUGGGGCAGUUGUGGACAUCCAGAGCGAAUCAAGCACACCAGGGAAAUGCGGAACGGGCGACGUUGCCCAAGUCGCACUUGCAACUGCAGGCCACGUCUCCGAAUCUCUGUGCCACUCAGUCCGUUUAUCGAAGUGCUGCCUGGGAUGCCAAAUGCAUCUUGCCAACUUAUCUCCGAGUCACCACUUGCUCGAUUCUCAUAGGCCGGCCUCCCCUAUGCAGACUCGAGGGCAGCUUGCAGUUGCAUCUGCAGCCAUAUCACUGCGGUUUUACUACUUCACCUUCCACUCACGGGCUACUUGCCGUGGCACAGGCUUCCCAUUUUGCGGACCCUUUUGUUCGGGGCUAUCCUCUCGUCGAGCAGGCAUGCACACGCUCAGCGUAAUCCCACAGCAUCAGCAAUCGUCAUAG